GCCGCCGUCGUCUCCCGUCCCCCUCAGGAGAGCGUCGCAGGACCCUCCCGGGCCCCGAUAUUAAUAAAGCAGCGGAAAGAAGAAAUAUGAAUAAGCCUCCCACAAGGUCCAGCCCAGCACGAAGAGAGAACUAUGGAUACGGAGAGAGAGAAGCAAGGCGUGAUCGCUCUCCUGUACGGGGCAGUCCACGGAGGGAACCUCGAGAUGGCAGGAAUGGCAGAGAUUCCAGGGAUGCACGGGACCCUCGGGGUCGAGAUGUGCGUGAUGCCAGAGACCACAGAGAUCCCCGAGACUUCCGAGAUCCUCGAGAUCUUAGAGACCCCAGGGACGUGAGGGAUCCCCGGGACCCAUUGUAUGAUCGUUACAGGGAUGGCCGGGAGCCCCCCUACAGGCGAGAGGAGGGCUACGCCCGCAGUGAUGACUAUUACAGACGGAGGGACGACACCUACUACGACCGUUACCGUGAUCACUUGGACAGACCCCCCCUGAGUGCUGAAGAGCGCAUGAAGCGGGAGGAGCGGCGCCGGGAGGAGCUGUAUCGCCAGUUCUUUGAGGACAUCAAGCGGCGCAUUGAUACGGAGCGACCUGUGGACUGUUCUGUGAUUGUGGUCAACAAGCAGACCAAGGACUACGCGGAGUCAGUUGGGCGGAAGGUACGCGACCUUGGCAUGAUGGUGGACCUGAUUUUCCUCAACUCAGAGAUGUCUUUGCAGCAGGCUCUGGACGACGUGAGCCGAGGGGGGUCUCCUUUUGCCAUUGUGAUCACCCAGCAGCACCAAGUCCACCACUCCUGCACGGUCAACAUCAUGUUUGGCACACCCCAAGAACACCGAAACAUGCCACAGGCAGACGCGAUGGUCCUGGUGGCCAGGAACUAUGAGCGCUACAAGACAGAGAUCCGGGAGAAGGAGCGCGAAGAGAUUGCGCGGCAAGCUGCCAAGAUGGCCGACGAGACUAUUCUGCAGGAGCGAGAGCGCCCCUCAGCUGGAGAGGAGGGGGCCCGAGGGGGCCACCCACCGGGCAUCCAGAGUCUCCUGAACUUGCUGGCGGAUAACCGUUACUUGACUGCAGAAGAGACCGACAAGAUCAUCAACUACCUGCGGGAGCGCAAGGAGCGGCAGCUGCGAGCCAGUGGGGACUCUCUUCCGGCUUCACUUUCCCGACAAGCCCUUGGGGCAUCUUCCGGGUCCUCGUUGGCCACCUCCACCAACCUGCCGAGCACCCAGAGCAGCCAGGCGCUGGCACAGCCUGCCUCGGCCACAGCCUCUUCUAAUCCCCAGCAGGAGCUACAGGCCAAGAUCCUCAGUCUGUUUAACAGUGGGGCGGUGGCGGCCGCCGCCAACAACAGUCCCUCUGUGGGAGGCUCUCAGGGUCAGAGCUUUCCCUCUGGCUCCGCCACGCAGAGCCGGGCCGUGCAGCUCAGCUCCACCGGUUUAGGCCAGUCCCAGCAGCAGCAGCGGGCCCAGGGCCAGGGCCCCCAGUUCGCGAGCCACCAGGGCCCCGCCAGGAAUGUUGGCCCGAGAGCUGCGCCUCCACAGCCAUCCCAGCCGCUGUACCAGAACCGGCCGCCUGCACCAAGCAAUGCUGCGGCUCCACGGGCGGCCCCUUCUUCUGGGAUCAACUUCGACAACCCCAGCGUGCAGAAGGCCCUGGACACUCUGAUCCAGAGUGGCCCAGCCCUCUCCCACCUGGUGAACCAGACGGUGGGCCAGUUGCGGGCAGUGCCUCCUGCCCAGCAGCCCAUGGGCUCCUACCAGCGGCAUUACUGAGGCCAGAGCAGGCUGUCUCCUGCCGCCAUUCCCGAUGCCCUCGACUGUGCAUGUCACUCACACUUCAUAUCCCGGCCCUCCUGCUCUCACCCGGGGGGAGCGGGAGAAGGUGGUCUCGGCUGUGUGCUCUUCCAUGGCUGCUGCUGCUGCUGCUGCUGCUGGAGCCGCUUGUGCCCUCCCUUCUCCAAGCCCUGCCUCUGUUGCCUGGUGCUGUUGGCGUCAGACUGUUGGGCCAGAGGGUGACUGCUGGGCUGUUGUUAUCCCAGACUUUCGGAUUCCUCAAGGGACGGUGAUGGCUUAGCCUUGGGCGGAAGUCUUCCCUCGUGUAAAGAGCUGUAGGCCGGGCCCACCUUCUCCCCGGGGAGCCUGCCUGUAGGCUUUGGUUGCCUGCAGGUUGGCCGCUCCGUGAAAUGGCUGAGUUGCUUUCUGUGUUGGCGGGGGCCUGUUGGGCCCUGCAGACCCCCCCUCCCCCCUUUGAUUUGAUUUGAUGUUGUAGAACCGAGAGUUAACUUUGCUAGGAUGUCAGGUGGCGGUCCUUUCGCAGUUCAGGCCACCAGCCUAGGCACUCUCGGGGGGCGGGGGGGCGCGCGUGCCAGUUAGCUGUAGAUGUUUU